AUGGCAUUUCUUUGGCUUGUUUCCUGCCUUGCCUUGUUCAGUGCAGCCUAUGGCUGUGGUGUUCCCAGAAUUGCUCCUGUGGUGAGUGGAUAUGCCAGGAUUGUGAAUGGUGAGGCAGCCGUCCCAGGUUCCUGGCCUUGGCAAGUCUCCCUGCAGGACAGAACCGGAUGGCACUACUGCGGUGGCUCUCUCAUUAACAGCGGAUGGGUAGUGACUGCUGCUCACUGUGGUGUGCUGUCAACUGACAAGGUAGUUUUGGGAGAACAUGACAGAGGCUCAAGCGCUGAAGCCAUCCAGUCUCUGGCUGUAUCAAAGGUCUUUACUCACCCCCAAUGGAACUCCAACACAAUCACCAAUGAUAUCUCCCUUGUUAAACUCGCUACCCCUGCUGUUUUUGGUAACACUGUAUCCCCAGUUUGCCUGGCCAACAUUGGAGAAGAUUAUGCUGGCGGACGUCUGUGCGUGACCAGUGGAUGGGGAAAGACCAGAUACAAUGCCUUCACAACCCCAAACAUUCUGCAGCAGACCGCUCUGCCCCUGCUGACCAACACUCAGUGCAAGAGCUACUGGGGCAACAAUAUCACUGAUGUUAUGAUCUGCGCUGGUGCUGCCGGUGCCUCAUCCUGCAUGGGUGACUCUGGUGGACCCCUUGUGUGCCAGGACAAUGGUGCUUGGACUCUAGUUGGUAUUGUCUCCUGGGGAAGCAGCACCUGCUCUACAUCUACCCCAGCUGUCUACGCCCGUGUAACUGUCCUCCGUUCUUGGGUGGACCAGACCCUUGCCGCCAACUAAAUAGUUUACAUUACAUAAAUGACAUUUAAAUAAAACACCAUCUCCUUUUCAUGAAA